AGAACACCUAAAACAAGUAUAAGAGCACCCAAUAAAUAAGGACCUAUAAGAACUGGUUGCUUCCAUUGAUGACGAUUCAUGCGAAGCACAACGUUUGUCAACAAUUUUCGAUCUGUAUUUUCUACGAGUGUCUUAGGUGGUACUUCCCGUUGUCUGUUUUACGACUAUCAUCGUUGCAAGAGAAACUGGUUGGUUAGAAAGUCACAAAGAGUUGUUUCUUUCAGGAGUUGGAUGUCAGCGGUGGAUUCUUCUGCUUCAGUUAGAGUGAUAUCUUCAAAGAAGGCACAGGAUAGUACUCUUAUACUAUUACAUGGGUUUGGAAGUUCGGCUUCUGAUUUAGUGGCUCUUGCAGAAAGUGUUGCUCCUCCGAGUACCAAGUGUAUACUUCCUGAAGCGCCUCUUCUAAAUGAUGCGCCGUUUCCAGUUCGUGGUUGGUUUUCGCUGGAUUUGACUUCACAUCUUUGGUAUCGUUGUUCUGACAAGGAAGGACUUGAGAGUACCCUAAAUAGAAUAUUUAGAAUAGUGGAGGAUGAAGUAGAAAAGAGAAUAUCUUUGAACAGAAUUUUUAUUGGAGGCUUUAGUCAAGGAGGAGCAGUGACUUUGAACUGUAUGUUACGUUCUCCAUACCAAUUAGGAGGCUUUUUCGCAGCUAGCUCUUGGCUAGUAGGUGAGGAAGAAUAUCCAGCAAAGUUAUCAUCGACAAACCUUGAAACACCAUUGUUUAUGGGACAUGGAGAGGAUGACGCUGUAGUGCCUUUUGCUCUAGGAAAACGUUCUGCGGAACUCAUCCGUUCCUUUGGUUUGAAAAAUAUUCUGUUUCGUAACUAUCCGAGAAUGGAUCACUUUAUAAAUGAACAAGAGAGGCGAGAUAUUGAAAGUUUUCUAAGUAGUUGCUAUUAUGAUAGGUCGGUUUCGAAGGAAUUUCUUUCCCAUUAAGGUUUUGUUGGUUGGCGAUAAGUUUUCUAUAAAAAUAUCUAGUCGAAAUUAGAAGCCUUUUAAUUGCGUUAUGUUCAUUUGAAACUGCGAAAUUUGAAAGAGAAGAUAUGAAUGAAUAUCCUUGAGAACCUGUUUGUCAUCCAGUUGUGCAUAAACUGUCCACUUAAUUUCUUUGAAAUUACAAUGUAUUUAUUCGAGUCCACUAUAUAUAAUAUUGAAAAGCAACCUUGAACAUUGAUACCAGACAUUACAGAUAUAUGCCAUUGUCAAUGGUAGAUAAAUUUUCCAUUAAGAUU